UUUUUUGGCAAUUUCUUUCAUAAAUUAAUAAAUAAAUACAUUUCAAAGGUGAGAUGUCAUUGCGCAUAACUGAUCCCUCCCCUUCAACCUGUUGCUAAGAGCAACCGAAGCGUCAGGGGACUGUACACAGAAGAGAAAUGCUAGCUAACGUCAGCUAGCAAGCUAACAGCUGGAAGUGGCUGUUUUAGUUUACGUUAAGUUCAAGAAAUGUCAUAAUAUAAUGCAAUUUGAUUCAAGUCAAUAGGUUAGUUUCUCUCGAAAAACGGUAAGGAAAUGCCACCAAAAAGAGUCAAAAGCGGGACAGUGUCUGCUGCUGGUGCAACGACAGUUGGAAACAAAGGUUGGGAAACUGGACUCACUACUGCACCAUUUGAGGAGGAGACUUGGAAGGCCAGCAUUUCUCUGGUGGUGGGAGAGAGGCUGGAGGAUGAGGAGCUGAUCGGGGCUCUGCUGCUGGCUGUACAGCAGCCCCUACGCAGGCUCUUCAGCGUAGUCACCUGGAACACCACCCUAGAAAAGAUCCAUGAACUGGGAAACCCAAAAAUCAAGAAGACCAAGGAUGCACCCAUGUUUUACGAGGUGAUGGAGGCAGCCAAGGUCCUGCUGGAUGCAGGAGAGGAGCUGCCCUGUGACCUACUGGGUAAACUGCUCAAGUUCCAGCUCCUGGGAGUCAAGGCCAACGACCAGCAGAGGAGAGCCACAGAGAUGAGGGCUGCUGAGGAGAAGGGUAAGGGCAAGGCUGGCAAUGCCUCCCCAACCAAAGACAAAGGUGGUGCCAAGCCUGCCGCCAAAGGUGACAAGGGGAAGAAAGGGGCAGAGCUCAGUGCCCCAACCAAGGACACCAAGCUGAAAAAGAGGGGCGAGGAGGAUGAGACCAACAAGUAUAUAGACGAUGAGCCAGACGAUGGUCCUCAGCACUACGUUCUGGUGGUGGGCUUCCAGCAGGCUCAGCUGGUCUCUGUGCUGGACUCCCUGGGGGUCCAUGUGUCCAACGUUAUCAAGCUGACCUCACAGAGACCAGACCGUCUAGAGGGAUCACUGGAAGGGCGUGAUGCCAAACCCCUGGAUGGGGACGCGGAGACUAACAUUAGGAGAAGACAGCGGGAGCAGUUCUGGGGUCAGUUGGAAGGGGUGCUAAACAGUGGCUCAGCAUUCUCCAAGCUGUUUGAUGUGGCCCGCCUCAGUCACACUGCUAAAGAGAUCCUGUCACCACAAGACAAGGAUAGCCCAGAGGCUAUGCUUGGGUUUGGGACACGUCUGUUUGAGGACGUGGCGUGUCUGAUCUAUGACUGUCUGGACUGGAGGAGACAGCAUCAACACUACCUGAACAACAUGAGACUGGUCCAGGUGCCAUCUGUCCCCAGGGCUGGGGCACGCACCACCCAGGACAGCCCUGCAGAGACGGUUCAGACCACAACGCCUCAGACACCUGGGUCCAAGAAGAGACAAGUCCCAGAGGAGACCACUCCAGCAGACCCUGAACCAGCUGCUCUGAGUACUGAUGUGGACAUGCGUUACUAUAACGACCUGCUGGACCAGAUUCCUCCUGAAGCCUCGUCUGUUCCCCUCAUACUACACUGCAUGCUGGAGCAGGUGGUGGCCACAGAGCAGGACAUCCCUCCCCUGUCUGCAGCAGGCUCAGAGAAGGGAGUGUACAGCCUGGAGAAGAGUCUGGCAGACUACAUGCUGUCUGCUGUCAUGUCUCUGCCUCGCUCAGACCAGGAGAAGGAGACGUUGAGGGAGACGUUUGGUGCUGUGGGGAACACCCAGCAGAACACUGAGCACCAGAGACCUCUACUGAUCAACUGUCUUGACGAGAGAGCCCUGAGACUGCACCACCUGCCUGUCCAUAACAGCUUUGAUGCGGUGAAGACAGAGACAGAGAUGAUGAGAAACACUCCGGUGUGGAAUCUUCUCCGCUCCGUCCGCCCCCUGAGUGGAAAUAGAACCAGACUGGCCCGCAUCCAGGAGCUCACACACUACUGCACCGACGAGUCUCUGAGCUGGCCGGAGGUGGAGAGAGUGGUCAGACAGUUUGUGUUUGAGAGCAUGCCCCUGACCCAGCUGGAGGAGGGGGGCCUACUGACCUCUGCUGGUUCCCCUCAACCUACCUGCCUGCCCUGGGACGACCCUGUCUGCUUCGCCAAGAACUACCUCAGACACAUCAACAAGACACAAGUUAAAGUGUUCCACCACCAGGAUGAAUCAGAGGAGAGUUUGUCUGAUGUGGUAGAUGUGACUGAGAUCCAGAGAAGCCAGAUGCGAUCGCUCAGUGACUGGCACUAUACUGAGCACCACAAUGCCAAUGUCUUUCCCCAGAUUCUCCAGUCUGCCUCUCAGUCCUACCGCUGCAUGGACACCUUCUGUGGUAGUCUGGACAACACCCUGUUCAUCGUCUGUCACAAUCCCAUGAGCCCUCAACGCCAGUGCAAGGAAUUAUGGGACAUGGCCCUCCACACCAAUGUCGGGUUCAGGAAGUACCUUGAGCACGUGGCCAACUCUAUAUCUGACUGGACCAAGGAAGAGGAGGUGAAGUGUCUAGCUCUGCAGGCCAAGAGAGAGGCAGAGAAGCUGAGAGUGCCCACCCCGUCUGACUCCUCAGAGAAAGGCAGGGCAGAGUCGGCUAAGGGCACCAAGAAGAGCACUGUCUCGCCAAAACACACGGCAACCUCCCCAGCCAAGUCUCCUAUCCCAGAGGAAGGUGCUCCAGACCAGUACAUCAGAGAAGACUCGCUCAAAGCGUGGAAGAUGGAGCAGAACAGACAGAAGGAGGAGGAACAGGUGAAGAAAGCUAAGAAAGAAAAAGGAGGGAAGGGAGCGGAGCGAGCCGACUCGUCCAAGGAGAACAAGAAAACGACCCCCUCCACCACAAAGAAGAGCAGGGAGGACGUGAGUAAGACCCCGGACCUGGCUGUGGGGACCCCUGGAGAACAGAGAGCAAAGCUGCAGUCGCCCACCGACGUCUUCACUGGAUUCACUGGCUACAGCAUGGAGGGACAGCUGAUCCAGGUCUCAGGCCAGGUCCACUCGCUAUUCCCCUCUGACGGAGGCCACAUCCAGGUGGAGACCAUCCACUUUGUCCAGGGGUCGACGCUCAUCAAGACGUGUGUGAUGAAGGACAAGCAUCAUUUCUACAGCCACAUCACCCAGCCAAACAGACACCAGGAGGAGAGCCCAAAGGACGCGGUUCCCAUGGAGACACAGAGCACCACCAAUAAGAGUGUUAGGCUGGGCUCCUUCUCAGCUGUGCUGGACAGCGGCAUCCACCUCUCCUACAGUCACUACGGCCCAACAGGGGAGCAGGGUGAACACCUUACACUGAUGCUGUCUGUUUCUCUGUCCUUAACCCACGUGGUGUACUGUUCCUGUUAUGGGGACCUAGUAUGGUCCCUAUGUUGUGUGGUGAGAUGGAGGCUGGUCAGGACUCUGAUCCGGACAUGCCCACAGACUCCAGUCUCUCCCCCGUCCCCUCGACCCUCCUCUCCUCCUCAUUGUCCCGGAAGAAACUCAACUCCUCCCACAGCGCCAAGGGGGUGCAGCCGUCCAAAGAGACCAACACGUCUCCAACACACAGAGAGGAAGAGGAGCAGGUGGAUCCAUUCUAUCCACCGUCACCAACAGAUACAUUUAGUUUCCACAGCGUCUGUUCAGUUGGACUGUUUUGUUGUUGAUAAUGUAAUAUCAUUGAUAUCAGUAUUACAACGGAAUGUUCUCGUCGUCUAUGUUCUUCCUGUUGACGUACCUGCUGUCUGUUAUUCCCUUCAUGUGUCUGGCUGUGUUGUCCCCUGCCAGACCAGAGACCGUGUGGGUCAGGCUGCAUUAGCUGGCAGUGCUCCGUUCCAGAGACUAAACGUCUCCACCCCCAGUGGUCUACUGCUGCAGUUCCUCAGUGAUGAUACAGACGGCAGUACUCCAGAGGGUCAGUGUGUGUUGGUGAGACAGAGUUUCCCCCUACACUGCAGUGACAGUAGGGAGCCUCACCUCAAAGACCCAUCGUUACACAGUGAGCUGUCUAGGGUCAUCACUGGUCAGGGCACCGUGGUCAAGUACAUGAGAGACGGAUCAACACGGGUGCUGUUUGCAGACGGUUCAGUCAGUAGCAGGACAGACUCAGGACCCAUCAUCUCAUCUCCCCCUGAAGCCCCUGCUAAGGAGGAAGAGGUAGUGAAGGAGACUGCGAUACCAGAGAGAAAAGACAGCAAGGACAAGAAGGGUAAGCUGGGUUCCAAGCAGAGCCUGGGGGCUGACCAGAGUCAGAGUGACCCAGAGCCCAGGGAGGAGCAGAGGUCGUCAGGCCAGACCCAGGGCGGACAGGGGGUCUGUUGGGUCACCACCAGCCCCUCCGGACACAGAGUAGCCACCAUGGGGGACCAGACCACAGACCCUGGCCCGGUCUUGGCCUUCAGAGCCACAGACCCUGUCAGCCAAACUGUUGUGAUCACGCGGGAGGACAAGGUGAUGUCUGUGCUGGACAGAGACGGGACGAUGAUCGUCGACCAUGCAGACGGAACCAGGAUCACUACCCUGUACCAGGAGAGAGAGGCUCUCAGUGGCUGGUCCCAGGAACACAUUAACACAGGGGAGAAGUCCAGCAGCAGUGUCUGUCAUAAGGAGAAGGUGGUGAUGGUGGAGCGGCUGGGGUUUGCCACGGUAACCAUGUUCGGCGAGGACAGGUCCUGCAACGUGUUCUUUGGAGACGGGAGCGUCGUCACCGCCACCUGCAACGGAGCGUACCAAGUGUACCCGUCCAGUGUAGGUCUGCUGUUCAUCAACCAGGACGGUAGUUGUGUGUACACGUCAAACCCUGAACACAGCCCAGCCCUGAGUCUAGCCAGCUGGAGUCCCAGAGAGCAGCCAGGCAGCUACAGGAUGAACCACACCUUUACCUCAGACACACUGUGUGAGGUCACAGACCACCACGGGAACCUCUUCCAGGUGAUGAAGGAUGGCCAGGCAUCAGUGGAGAUCUCUAGCCCUCUGGACAGCAGAGUGGAGGAGGAGGAGGAGGAGGAGGAGGAGGAGGAGGAGGAGGAGGAGGAGGAGGAGGAGGAGGAGGGAGGGCUGGCAGAAGAGAGAGAGCUGGCCAAGCAUCCUAUUGGACGUAAAGUCCACAUUCCCAGGUUGUUCAUGGCCCAUGAGGAUGGUUCAGGCACAGAGCUGCUGUACUCUCAGACAGUAGAGGAACGUCUGUAUGAGGACUACUCUGACCCUGCUGUCGCCCUGCUUAAAGAACCCCUCCCAGGCCUACAGGGUGUGCUGGGUAUAACGGUGCUGAGACCCUCUCGUCAGGACGUGUGGUCCAGAUGGGUCAUCCAGAAACAAAACAAGGACAUCAUCCCCACCAACCUCCAGUCCCGUCGCUGGGACAACUUCCCCUCAGUAGAGAGGAAGACGCCAGGCCCUCCGUCCGGGACCACCCUGGGCCGGGGUCUGACCCUGAGAGAGAAGCCUGUUUCUGAGGCCUACAGGCCCGUGCUGAGCUGUCCUGAUACCCUGGAGGUCCGACAGCUGCUCCAGUACCAGCCAGUCAGCAGACAGCUCCGCAGGACUCUGGAGACUCGCCUCAAGGAGUACAUGGAGCAGGUUGUCCAGAGAGAGAACCUGACAGAGAAGAUGCAGCUGAAUGACCCUCGUACUGAGGAGGAGAAGAUCCACGCUGCUGACCUGCUCAAACUGGUUCUGUCACUUCCAGAGUCAGAGCACCCCACUUUAGAGAACAGAAUCUGCCCCGUGGAUGCAUCCAUCCUGUACAUCCAGGCAGUGAAGACUCCAGCCCUGCAGACGGACGCCUCGCUCUCAGAGAAACACACAGACAGCUUCAGUGAAGAGGAACCGAUGUGGAAGAGCAGGAUAGAGCAACACAGACAGGAGCUGGACGAGGAGAAGGUUUACAGAGAGGCUCUAAGGAACAGAAUCAUUCCUCCUUAUUUCCACUCAGAGAAAGAAGCAGCUUUUGAGUACUCGGAGGUCCCUGAUAUGAGAUCUCUGUCUCAGGACCUUCCUCCAUUCCCCAAGACUCCCAACUCCCAGAACUACCUCAAGGAUGCCCCUCGAGAGACAGCAGCCCAGCGACCUUUGAACCCCACGCCCUCUCACGCAGCAGGAAGUGAUGCGCUGCCUAGGAGACCCACCAACCCCACCCCUCAAACUGCAGGGGACGGCUCUCAUGGUGUCUCUACAGUGAAGCAGCAGCAUGGCGGUGGUAUUGAGCCUGGCAGUACCCAGGUGGACGUGGCAGGGAACCCACGCAGACACAGAGUCAAGCUGCCAGCCUCCAUCCUCAGCUCCAAACCCUUCAGCGUGCCCAACCAGCAGUUCCUGUGUGUAGAGGAGCCGGUGAGGAGGAAGGUGAAGACUGCGUCUGUGACGGGGGGGCAGCUCGUCCCACGGGGGUUUGAGCUCCUCCCAGCAGAGGUCCAGUUUGGGGCCCUUAAGGAGGGCUGCACCUACAGCGUCCCCGUGCUCAUGAAGAACGUGGGCUUCCACACCUGCAGGUUCAGUGUGAAACAGCCGUCCCCUGGUACUGGAAUCAGAGUCAUCUACACCCCUGGACCUGUGGCUGCUGGGAUGAAGACUGAGCUUCAGGUGGAGCUGUGUGCCAUGACUAUAGGUCUGGAGGAGUCUGCAGAGGGAGAGGUCUACAUCUCCCACCACAUCCACAUCAAGACUGAGACUGAGAUCUUCUACCUGCCUGUCUUAGCUACCAUCCUCCCCGAGCGUCUGUAUGACACCAGGACCAAGGAUCAUACCAACGGGCUCCAGACAGGGGUAUCCAAGGUCCGUCUCAUCUCCUCCACCCCCUCAGUCAGACGUGGAGUGGUCCUCCCUCGCAGACCUCUUCUCUCCACCAUCUGAACACUGGAACUAAUCACUCUCUAGAAUGCCCUUCAAGCCAAUCAGAAACCAGUAUUCAACAAUGCCAUGGUAUAAGAACAGGAAGUCAUGUCUAACGGAUGCUAAGGGCUGUUAAGGGUUUUACAAACGCUCACUCCCCACUGAAACGUUAUCUUUUCCUUCCACUUCCAGGUGAAAUUCAAUCAGACGGAUUGAGAAAACUUAUAUAAAACUACUUUCAUCGUGCUUUAGUCACAUUCUGCCGUUGUUCGAUGGCUGUUGAAUAGAAUACAAUGAAUCUUAGCAAUAAAGAACCGUGAUAUAA